AAUCUGGCAGGAUUAUUUCAUAUGCUGCCGCAAGUUAGCGAGGCUAAACCGGUAAAUAAAAAAAAAAAGAGAAUGUCCACUUUUCCAAAAAGCGUUAGGAUGUACCUUGUAUCAGUGACUGUGCUGCCUCAGAAAGAAGGAAUAGAUUUACCACGAUUUAUCCAAAAACUAGCAAAUCUUCUUGCGGAUUAUUCAACAGCAACUAAAGUAAUUUAUAAAUUUAAGGUAUCUGGAGAGUCUAGAAUACUUUCCGUUGUUCAAGUCUCCAAUAUCAUAGGACUAGAACGUACUAUUGGAGGCUUAUGGAGGUUAGGUGCUGUGGAUGUAGAUUGUCAGCCCAUUAUAAACUAUGAAAAUUUUGCCCGUGCUAUUAAAGUAGCUGAUCAUCUGACCAAGCCCAAUACUGGGAGCCUGGCAAAAGAGGGUCUUUUCUGGAUGGAGUUCAAUGUGGAAUAUAAUGGAAAAAGCACAGAUGAAUUAAUCACUAUCUGGAAAAAGGAGGCUGAAGCUGUGCUAACAGCUAGACUCAAAGAAGGAACGUCUAUAGAACUUUAUAAGGUUGUUGCACAAAGAAAGGUUCAUGUGUUUAUUAAUGCCGCAGACCCUGAACAAAUAGAUCUUUUGUGCCUACAGUUGCCACUCAUGCAGGAGAAUGGAGCUAAUGUUCAAUUGAAAUGCAAAGCCCUGCAGUUUCUAGAAGAUUAUACUUCCCGAAUAACUAGUGAAUCUGUUUAAAUCUGUUAUCUACUCUAUCUCAAAUUGUAAAAAUGUUAUUGGUUUUAAAAACACACUGGGUAAUCAAGAAUAUCAUCAAGCAGUUUUUGGAGGUAUAUUUACACAUGAUCCCUUUUUUUUAUCACAUCAGUAGAUUUGUUUUCUCUCUAGCAUCAUCUUGUACCAGAACUGAUUACUGUCCACCAAAUUAUUCCUGAAGAUUAUGAAAUCAGAUGCUACUUCCUUUGAAUUGUUUGGAAGAACUCAUUGUAUUGGCAGAUCUUAAAAUUUUACAUUGAGAUUUUAUAGAAUUUACCUUCACUAUUUUAAGACAUACUUUAGACCUAUCUCUUCUUUCGUAUCAGUAUAUGAAUAUGUUUAUGAUUCACAAGAGAGACCAUUUUUUAGUUUCAUUCAGUCUUGUUUAUCAUUUCACGCAUUGUUAUUUUAUUCAAGUUCUAAUUUUCUGUACAUAGUUUUGAAUCAGAGGUUGUGAAGUCACAGAACUAUAACUUUCAGAAAGUUAAUGACUUAUACUUGGGUGAUAUCUUUUAAUCAAAGAAGCUUUUUAUUAUUUUCUUUAUUUUGUUUGGGCAUUAAUUAUUAAUGGACAAAAAAUGAAUUUAAAUUUCCUGCAACUUGUCAUAGAUACUUAAUGAAAUGUAUGAUAUAAUCAAAAUGUUAAUCAUGGCACUUAUGCAUAGUUUUUUUUUUGUUCUGAGAUUUGUAACCAAUUUUUUUUUAUUUGUAGCUACUAGCAAUGUUACAAUAAAUUUAAAAUUGUUUAUAUUAUCAAAGUCUUGUCAUUUAUUUUGUUUUCCAAAUAAGGCUUUAUCUAUUUUUCUCAUAAUAAUGCAUUAAAGUAUUUAAAGAAAAAG